AUGGCCUCCUUUGGCGUAAUCGUCUCUGGACGCCCUAUCCUCGCGGACGCACAAGUCAUAUCGCAGACGCAAUUCGCGUUCCAGAUCCCCUCGCAACCCUCCUUCUCACACAUAGUUGUCUUCUUAUUACCCGGAGUCACAUUGCCGGACGGUACCGCCGCUGCUGUGUACGCGCAACUGCCCGGCGCAUCCGACUUCAAGCUGCUCGGCGCAAUCGCGAACGAGAAGCCUAGCGCAAUCUUCAAGGUCAACAACAAAGCCGGUGGACCAGCAGGCGGGGGGCUAGGCGAUGAUGAUGCUAUGGUAGACGAGGGCAUGUCUAUAAAUGGUGCUGCAGCGCCGCUAGCAUUGGGUAUAUCGGUCGAGCCGGCGCAUCAGGUUGCUGCGGCUUUGGAGCAGAAGAAAGCCCAGGAUGCUGCUGCAUCAGCAAAGCCAAAUAUGGGACAAGGAAACGAGUUGGUACUGCGAGGUCAGGACACAGUCACGACGAAAGUGCUUGCACAGCGGAUUAUCAAGAAUUGCUACGAUUUCCUCACGAGUUGGGGAACGGGAGAUACGGUGCCGUUGAAAGCGUUCCAGGCGUGGUGGACCAAGUUCGAAAACAAGAUUGAGCGGGAUCCUAGCUUUUUGGAGCGGAGCGAUGGCGGUUGA